GGCGGACGCAGCAAUGAGGAAACGAAACAAGUUGCCCCAACUUCUCCGGCGGGAACCUCGUCUCCGGGCGCCGGCAGUUGGGGAGCAGGGGGCGCCCUUGGUGCCAGGGGGUGCGGGAUCACCAACGACGUAGAGGUUCUGCGGAGAUGAUUCGUGGACACUACGAGGAGAUCUCCCUGCUUUCUUGACCUCGUGCCAUUCCUGGGCAGGCCUUGCUCGCACCGAUCCCUGGGGCAGGAUGCCAACGAAACGCUGGGCACCUGGCACUCAGUGUAUCACUAAGUGCGACCACACCAAGCCCAAAGCCGGGGAGCUGGCCUUCCACAAAGGGGACAUGGUCACCAUUAUUGAGGCUUGUGAGAGCAAGAGCUGGUACCGGGCCAAGCACCAUGAGAGCGGAGAGGAGGGACUGCUGCCUGCCAGCUCUGUCCGGGAGCGAGAGGCCAUCCAGGCUGACCCCAAACUGAGCCUCAUGCCGUGGUUCCAUGGGAAAAUAUCCGGGCAAGAGGCCGUUCAGGAGCUACAACCAGCUGAAGACGGACUGUUCCUGGUGCGGGAGUCCAUCCGUCACCCGGGAGACUAUGUGCUCUGUGUCAGCUAUGGCCGUGAGGUCAUCCACUACCGUGUCAUCCAUCAGGACAGCCAGCUCACCAUUGAUGAGACGGUCUCCUUCUACAACCUUAUCGACAUGAUCGAGCAUUAUACGAAGGACAAGGGGGCCAUCUGCACCAAGCUGGUAAAGCCCAAGCCAAAACAUGGAACCAAGUCUGCAGAGGAGGAACUGGCCAAGGCCGGCUGGUUACUGAACCUGCAGCAGCUGACCCUGGGGAGCCAGAUCGGAGAGGGCGAAUUUGGAGCUGUGUUACAGGGCGAGUACAUGGGCCAGAAGGUGGCCGUAAAGAAUAUCAAGUGCGACGUCACGGCCCAGGCCUUCCUGGACGAGACAGCCGUCAUGACGAAAAUCCAGCACAAGAACUUGGUGCGAUUGCUGGGGGUGAUACUGCACCACGGGCUUUACAUCGUCAUGGAGUACAUGAGUAAGGGGAACCUGGUGAACUUCUUACGGACUCGGGGCCGCUCUGUGGUCCACACCAAACAGCUGCUCCAGUUCUCCCUCCACAUUGCAGAGGGCAUGGAUUACUUGGAGUCCAAGAAGCUGGUGCACCGGGACCUGGCGGCCCGCAACAUUCUCAUCUCAGAGGAGAACGUGGCCAAGGUCAGCGACUUCGGGCUGGCCAAGGCAGACCGCAAAGGGCUGGACGUCACCCGGCUGCCUGUCAAGUGGACAGCCCCCGAGGCUCUGAAACACAAGAAAUUCUCCAGUAAAUCAGAUGUCUGGAGUUUCGGGAUCCUCUUGUGGGAAGUGUUCUCUUACGGUCGGGCACCGUACCCCAAAAUGUCCUUGAAGGAGGUAUCAGAGGCAGUGGAAAACGGUUACCGCAUGGAGCCUCCGGAGAACUGCCCACCCACAAUCCAUACCCUGAUGAACAGCUGUUGGGAGGCCGAACCCGCCAAGCGCCCCACCUUCAAGAAACUGGGUGAGAAGCUGACCAAGGAGUUGCGGAACACGGCCAGUGAAGCUGGCCCGGCUGGGAGUCAAGCGCAGGAAUCCUGACCUCCUCCACCCCUCCCUGAUGGGGUUGGACAUGACUCUGGGGGAACCCCCAAAGGAAUGGCAAGGGCUCACAGGGUGGGGUUGAAUUCUGGACUCAGGAACUGGGGACCCCCUUGCUGCUGCUGGGAACUACAGAUGCUGGCCCUGGGCCAGCCGAUGUGACUUGGCUUUUCUUGUUCUGGCCGCCAGCGGGUAUGGUGUCCCCCCUCGCCCCCGGCAGCUGCGGAUUGUACGGAAGAUAAGGAUAAAAUCCCCAGCGGGAAAUGGGUA